AUGGCGUCCUUUCAAGGUCUCAGUGCUCUGAGGUCUAUCUCCAAUGAGAGCGAAAAGUACGGCAAGCCGAAACACAAGGUGGUAAAGCCUAUAUUGAAGAAGUUAUCACAAUCGGAAAAGAGCUCGAUAGAUUUGGAUCGCAGCUGGGAAGAGCAGGAUGAGCAAUACCGAAGCGACGUAUGGGGCGGUUCGUCAUUCUAUGAGUCGGGUGCCCUUCGAAGCGGCUCCUCUAAAGAUGUGAGCUUUGCCUAUACAGAAGCAUCUGGAGGCGGCGGGCGGCGAUACCAUCAUUCGCGUUCAAUCAGUGGCAACAGCCAUAUCUCGGUUGCGACAUCCGCCAGCGGGAGUGGUUUGGCAAUCCGAAAUGGUACAACAUUUGUACACCCAUUCCAGCAGAUGCCUCUGCGCACUGCGACCCCUCCUCUGACCAUGCCAUACGCAAAUUCGCUGGCUUCCUUUGCUGACCGCGAUUAUUCGCCCACAAUUACCGAGGACGACGACAGCUACGACGUCGAUCCCAUCUCCAGCCAUAUCAGCCUAAGCUUACACAACCAUAGCAACAGCAAUAGCAACAGCAAUGGCAAUAACACGCAUAACAGCAGCCACAACCAGAGCAGCAAUACUCACUCUCAACAACACCAACAUCAUUCCCCCACAGCGAACUCAAAUCCACAGGCCUGCUCACAACCGACUCUGAUAAGCCCCAGUUCCCAGCCGCAACGCCCAUCGCUCGCCAGUCAACGGACCUCAUCUUACUCGGAUAGCACAAAAUCACAUGCACAUUCGCAUGCGCAUUCAACUCCAAACUCGCAUGCGCAUGCACCUUUGCGUGUCAACACCGGAAUGCGAUCCAUGUCAACCACGCCUGCAACAUCCUCUCGCCUCGCACAUGUAUCCAGCCAGUCUGAACUCAACCUGUACCUGGACGAAGACUCUUCGGGCUCAACGAAUGUACCGACUUCGAAGCAACGGAAGAACCCAGUUGCCUCCCCCACAAGCCCUGUAGCAUCCAUGUCGCCAUUCUCAAGAACGUCCUUUGAAGCCGUUGGCUUCCCUCGUCUUCGCGCCAAAUCCGACCUCGACACGGCUACAAGAGCCGAGCACCUCCGCGAGGCCAGGCGAAAAAUACAAGCCAAACAACAGGCCAAAGAAGAAAGAUACGCGCGGCAAGAAAUCAAGCAGAGAGAGCGUGCGGAUAACAAGCGGGCACAAGAGGCUGAGAGACGAGCUGCUGCCAUGCGGAAAGAAGCCGACACAGCGCGGCGGCUCGAAGAAAUUGCUGCUUUGGCCGAAGCUAUGCCACCCAACAGUAAACAUAACAGAAAGCCGAGCUCGACUAGCAGCGGUCGACCAAGUAUGUCUCGUGUACAGCACGUCGUCGAGAACGAAAAGGUCGCGAACAGUAACUAUGACACAAUGCAGAAUCAGAGCCCGCCCGCAUUUGGUAGCCAGGCAGGUGGUUCUGCUCGUCAUGUCUCGUUCCAAUCAUCCAGGCGAACCAAAACCGCAAAGCGCAAAACUCACGGCGCCUGGACCUCUUUUAUUCUCUGGCUCAGGACAAGAUUGCUCCGCAUGAGCGGGUAA